AUGGUCGUAUCCCUUGUGUUGGCCUUACUGCUGCCGUUGGUGACGUCAUACUUGUCCUUCCAGAAGAAGAUCCCAAACGGAGAACUGGUUCCCUUUCCCUGCAGGCCUGGGACGGUUUGGCCUGGUGUCGGCCACAUCAAUAAUCACGGAACUGGAUUUCAGAAUCCCUUCGGUCUUGACUUCGAGGCAAACGGAUACCGCUGGGACAAGAAGUUGUGUCUCAUGGAUUCGGACGGAGACGGUUACUCCAACGGCCUUGAACUGGGUGACCCAAACUGCGAGUGGGAGGAAAACAAAAUACCAGAAAUGACAAUCGGACUUUCCCACCCUGGGAUCUGCGAUCCCCAUGACGGAGAAGAGUGCCGUAGGAAGAAGAUAAAGAGUCCUAAAUACCUGUCCCAGGGCGAGUGGCUCACUGACGUCUGCAACAAUGACGAAUUUAAGUGUGAUGCUCUCAAAGACAAAGAUAUAAUCAACAUCACAGCACGCCUGCCAGCCGGCACACCUGUCCCGGUACAGAAGACGCAUUACCUGUGCCAGCUGUUCAACAUUUAUAAGUUGGGAAUCCCUCCGAAAAAGGACUAUCAUAUUGUCGCCAUCACGCCCUCUAUCGACAAGAAGCUGGUCGUUCACCACAUAAUCGUCUUUGGCUGCACAGGUUACGUACAGGAGUCAGACAGUCCGUUUGCCUGCGAUGUGACGCCACAUGCCAGCUGUCAGGAGUUCAUGUACCUGUGGACUGUGGGCAUGAACGGAGAGUGCUUCUACCCGGACACUGGGGUCAAGAUUGGGAAGAAUGGUUAUGAGAACUUCAUCAUCCAGUACCAUCAGUCUAAUGACCAACUCCGUGCUGGUAUGUACGAUACUUCAGGGCUGAUCUUUCACAUCACGCCUAACCUGAAACGCUAUGACACAGGUGUAUUCGCCGUCGGCUCUACCUACUUCGAAUUGCCGCCCCAUCUCAACUACACCGUCAUCAAGAGCACCUGCGCCAGUGGCUGCACCAAGAAUUUGCUCACUGGCAGCAUCAACAUCACAGCGGCAGGCAACCACAUGCACCUGCUGGGGAAGGACAUGAUCGUGGAGCUGAAGAGAAAGAACUACCACCUGGCGUACAUCACAUACGACCGGUUCUUUCUCUACGACACUCCUCAGGUGCAUCAUUAUCCACUGCCCAUCGAGAUGUUUCCAGGCGACUCAGUGGUCACCACAUGUGGGUUCAGCACCUUGAGCCGAGAUGACGACACACUGUGGGGGGAUGGAACCACGGAUGAGAUGUGUUUCGGCUUCAUCACCUAUCACCCGAAGCAGGCAGUUCUGAGACCCAGUUGCGUCGACAUCAUGGGCUUCGGGAUGUGUGACGAUAACGCCCUGGAAGGAUGUACCAGCCUGCGCGAGUUCCUGACAAACAUCAAAGACACCAGAGUCUUCAGGGAGGUCAGUCAAGCGUGUAAGCAAGGAGCGUCGAUCUGCGAACAGAGAUGUGCUGUUACUGUGCUGAAACACAUGAAGAUGGAGUCGUGCAUGAAGGGCAACAUCUGGCGCUACAUCAAGAACGAGCUGUCCAAGGCUAGAGGACAUGGCUUCGAGUUUCUAAGUCGAAUCGCGCCAUGUCGGGGGGAGGCAGAAAAGGCCAUGCUAGAGGACCCUGACCUUUAG